AUGAAAGUCACCGUCAAACAGUGGAAUGCCGUGGCCGCCUGGAAAUGGCAUGCAGCCGACGACGAGCUUUGCGGUAUUUGCCGAGCCAAGUUCGAGGCCACUUGUCCAACUUGCAAGUAUCCAGGCGAUGGCUGCCCCUUGAUCAUUGGUGCGUGCAACCAUUCUUUUCACAUGCAUUGUAUGCUCAAAUGGCUGGACACUGAAACCUCUCAAGGUCUAUGUCCCAUGUGCCGCCAGCCUUUCAGUACAGCAGAUUAA